GAUUUUUAAAAAGUUUGGAACGAGGGGUUUAAGGGGAUAAUCUACCUACGUGUUUUUUUAUGAUUGACAAACGCUGAACUGAGCAACAAGAAGAAGAAAGAAGGAAGAUGCAGAUACCCACUUUCACAACCUCUCAACGCCCUCUUAUCCCUCCUUCACUUAGCGGAAUAAUCACUUACACACGUUUCAAACCUAUUUUUCAAUCCAAACACUUCCCUAUUCCUUUUCACUCUCUUACCCAACAAACCUCAGUUGUUAAAGCUAUAACUAUCAACAACCAUGAAGCUGUUGUUGCUGAGAACAAUAACAUUUCCAACGACGAUAACAAUGAACCGAAAUUCAUUGAUAUUGGUUAUGUAUCUGGUGUUCAUGGUUUUCAAGGUGAUGUUCGUGUUAAACCUAACACUGAUUUUCCUGAACUUCGAUUUUCAACGCCUGGGAGAAGAUGGUUGAGGCAGAGAGUUAUGAGUGAAGAAAGUGUUAAGGAAGUUGAGCUUGAAGAAGGUAGGGAACAUUAUGGAAAGAAUUGUUGGAUACUCAAAUUCAGAGGAAUUGAAUCAGUGGAAGAGGCUAAGAUGCUUAUUGGUGCUACCUUACUUGUGACGGAAGAAGACAAGCCGGAACUUGAAGAUGGUGAAUUUUAUGCACAUGAUCUCAAUGGGAUGAGAGUUUUCAUGAAGGAAAACGGAAAACUUUUGGGAACAGUUAUUAAUGUUUUCAAUACUGGAGCAAAUGAUCUUCUUCAAAUUUCACUUGAUUCAUCUUUUGACGUGCUUGAUAAAAAUGGCCAGCCAAAGCCAGAAGAAAUAGACGCAUCUGGUCAGCUUGUUUUGCUGCCUUUUGUUGAAGCAAUUGUUCCGGAUGUUGAUAUGAAUAAAAGAGAAAUGCAUAUUACACCACCCAAGGGACUUUUGGAGAUAAACUUACGAUUUGAUGAUAAGUCCAAAAAAGAAAGACGCCAACUUGAAUGGAAAGAAAAGAAAAAGUUUCAAAGACGUCUCAUAGCAGCUAAAAAGAAACUCUGUGAAAUGGAUCAACAACAUGUAUUUCAUGGAUAUCAAUGUGGAGAGAAAGAACAGUGGAGCUUGCUUAGUGAUCAGAUUGUUGGCGUAAAUUCCAGAUUGCUUCAGGAUGCUUUACAAAGUCUUCAACAACCAGCCAAGAGAUGGAAUGCAGCUGAGUUGGUCAGUGCUGUGCAAGAAAAGCAUAUAAGUACUAUAAAAAUAUCAGAAAAGUCUCUCUUAACUGGAAGUAAAGACAAGUUGGUUAGAAAUAUCAUCAAAAUGCAAGAGAAGGGGCUUGAGCUAAUUUCUAAGGGAAAAAUGGCUAUUGUCUUGCUCUUAAAUGAAAAAGAGAACGAAGGAUGCAUUUAUGAUCCCGACGUUGUUGAAAGUGAAGUGACUGAAAACCCAACACUGCUCAUGCUUCAAAACUUGUUAUGCGAUCAUGACAAGUUUGUAAAGGUCAAGGAUCGUUUAUCUGUGCCUUUAAUUUUGGUUUCCUCAGCCCAACAACUUCAAUCUUUAAGAAAUCUGUUUGGAAGGAACAAUCACUUCGAAUUUGACUCUGAAAAGGUAUGGUUUUUGGAGGAAGAGAAGCUUCCGGUUGUAAGCAGGUCGCUAGGAGAAGAGAACAAAUACAAGAUUUUAAUGAAGUCGCCUUGGGAAAUACUCCAAUCGCCCGUUGGAUCGGGAGGAUUUAUUGACCUGUUUACAAAACAUAGCAUUGCUGAUAAUCUUAUUAACAUGGGUGUUGAGUAUGUUGAGGUAUGCUGUCCGUGUGAAACAACUGUUGGUGGAAACUCGCAACUUCUUGGUUUGGUUAAUUCACGGGAAGCCAAAAUUGGGAUACAAAUUUCACCUAAAAUUGUUGAUCCAGAUGAAAACUUUGACAUGAUAUUGUCGAUGGACUUAGUAAAGAAGCUAACGAAGCAGAGCUACAAACUUCUUCAAUUUGAUGCAACCCCAAAGAUAAGUUCCUUUGUUGAGAAUGUCGACAAAGACUGGGUUACCAUUACCUCGUCCAUCCCAAACUCAUAUGAACUCUCUUGUAGUAUAUAUAGUUCCUUAAACGCAUGUCCGUUGGAUAAGGUUUGUAUAGUGGAAGUUAGAGAAUAAUAGCAUAAAUCAAAAACAUAUUCCUUUAAAAAGAAGGACAUGUAUAUGGUGUAUGAUAUUCCUUUAAAUCCAUGGAACUAUAAGUUAUAUAAAGGCAGAAAUUCAACCA